GAACAUUUUAAUCUAAGAAUAUAAAUUUAUCACGUAUUUUUUAAGAUGUCCGACAGCAACAUACGAGUGCAGAUGGUGGCGCUCCUAGUUCAGACCUUGAUGCGAGUGCUCCGGGAACGAGAGGUGUGCCAGGCGUACAACGAGGUCUCCGAGAUUCUGGACCAGGAGCUGGACCACCAGGAGCCCAGUCGCUUCUACUGCAAGGCGUUCCUGCUCAAGAUCCACAACCUUGUGCACAACUUCAACUUUGCGCUGAGCGUGCUCCUGAUUUGGGACAUGCGAACCUUCGAAGCGAGCGACAUCUUCGCCAAUCUGUACUUCAUCUACAACUCCCUGGCCCGGGACUCAGUCCAGGCGGUCUAUAUCCUGCUGCUCCUCGGCCUGAGCGAGGCACUGCGUCUGAAUGGCCAGCGGAAGCAGGCAUCCUAUGGCCAGCUCAUGGAGCAGUUGCGCCGGCAGGAGCGCCUGCUGGCGAUUGGGCGGCGGGUCCAUCGGAUGUUCGCCUGGCUGGUGGCCAGCACCUUGUUCUUUCAGCUAUACUUCAACACGGGCACUAUUUACCUGGGCUACGCCAUCAUCGUCCAGCGGAAGGACUCGCUGGGCAUGCGAACCUACUGCAUUAAGAUCCUACUCGCCGCCAUCUCCUUCCUGGUCAUCCUGGGCGACGCCCUGCUCCUGCAGAUCGUCUGUGAGCACCUGGUGGCGGAGGAGAACCGAGUCUGCGCCAGUCCACGACUCCAGCGGCGGGAUGUGGAGGGCAAGGCGGCCCACAGACAGUGGGAAAUGUCCCUUUUGAGACGAGCCAUCAGACGGGCAUCGCCGGAGAACAAGGUGCUGGGGAUGUUCAGGAUGGACAUGCGAUGUGCCUUCGCCCUGAUUAGCUGCAGUCUGUCCUACGGCAUUAUUAUCAUCCAGAUGGGCUAUGUCCCCGGAAUUUCGACCGCUUCAACGCUGUAAUCGCCAUUCUAUCAGCACUUUAGUUAAUUGAA